AUGUACGGCAGAAGGAGCACAUUCAAUUUUACUGCAUUUGUCAAAGAGAGUUAUUUGGGAAUUUUGUUGAAUUUCCGACAAGCUGUUAACGAUGACCAUUUUCAUGACCAGCAGUUCAUAUUGUUGUCGAGCUUAUGUAGAAUAAUGGCUAUGAUCAGUGCCGAUGGCACUGAUUUUUUGGAUGCGACUGCUGACAAAAUGCUGAUUGUUUUGCGUGCUUUCACAUCUUUGGGCGUUGCUGCAGCCAGUGCUUGGAAAACUUAUAUUGAAACGUUAUCGGACAAGGCUUUGCUGCGACUUUUACCGCACACACUGGUGUCCAUUGAACCGCUGUUCCAGUAUGAAGAAGGUCGAAAACUGUUGAAAUAUAUUUUUGAGGAAAGGCGUUUACAUUUUGCUGCAAAGUAA